GGCCUCGCGGUCCGGCAUUUACAAAUCUUUGUUGUUAUAGUCUUGCAUAGAUCGAACCUGCGAACCAAGUCAAACGAGCAACAUAUUUUAUUUUAUUGUAUACUUUACUUGUUCAAGGACACUUGGCAUAUAUACAUACACAUAUAUAUUCAGCAUGUAUUCGGUCGGGAUUAUUCCUUGUUGGUUUUUUUUCUGCGAGAACAUCACCCGAUACGCGAUCAAGUGAUGCUGAUGAUACGAAACGCACAGAUAUCUUAAAUUAUCCAUCAGCAUCCAAGAUCUUAAAUUCCGGCAGAGUGCGUGUACGGAAUAGAACUGUGCGUCGAUUGCGCGAAGAUUAUUCAUAAUACAUGUGAUAAAUGUACGUGUCUUCGGGGAAGACACGGCUGCUGAGGCUCACGGCUUCUCUGUUGAACGUAACAUGUAACCUGCGGGCAACUAAAUUCCUUCAAUCGCGAAAGAUCUUUUAUAUGGUUGAACCUAUUUGGCAACGAUUCUCCUUGGAAAGACGACAUCCAUUUCCGGAAGCCUUAGUUUCCAAUUAUCUUGACCUCGCUAUUUCUAUGGAUAAUCCUGCAUCCCCUCAUCAAACGUGUACAAAAGCCAAGAUGGAAUCUUAUCUUGGUACGUGCUAUGCUCAAAAUAAUAUCACCACGAUGUGUGAUGUACCCUGUCACGCAGCUUCGAGUAAUUUAAUUUAUUGCCAACCUGGAGGAUUCACAGAUGUCACACGCAGUGUUAAUGCUGAUAUAUGUGCAGUGGAUACAAAACAUGAAAAUUGUAUUGAUAAAGAAAGAUAUAGGACCAUGAGAAAAUGGAUACGAGUCGGGAAAGACAGAUUGACUAGCAAUUUGGAUGAUUUUUUUAUCUUGAGACUUUUAUCCUUUAAUAUCCUUGCACAAAACUUGUUGGAGGAUCACUCCUACUUGUAUCAGCACCAUAACAAAAAAGCUUUAAAUUGGAAGACUCGAAAGCCUCUGGUGAUACAGGAGAUACGUGAAGCGGAUGCUAAUGUAAUAUGCCUUCAGGAGGUUCAGGAGGAUCAUUUGCUGGAUUUUGUAGCUCCAUUCAAACAACUUGGAUAUGAAUAUGUGUAUAAAAAGAGAACUAACGAUAAGAAGGAUGGGUUGCUCUUGUUAUAUCGCUCCAGUCAAUUUGUUUUAUUAGAUUACGUGAAGGUGGAGUUAUAUCAAUCUGGCGUCGAGCUUUUAAAUAGAGACAAUGUGGGAAUAAUCGCUAAAUUGUCCCUUAGAGACAGCCCAGAAACGCAAAUCGUGAUCGCGACUACUCAUUUAUUAUACAAUCCGAGACGUAAUGACGUGCGAUUAGCGCAAAUGCAGCUUCUGUUAGCAGAAAUAGAACGAAUGGCAUUUAUUGAGAACGCGAUAACGGGCCCGAAAUAUUUGCCGAUCAUAUUGACAGGCGACUUCAACUUGGAACCAUUCACAGGCGUUUACAAGUUUCUAACAGAAGGAUCAUUCGAGUAUUAUGGCAAAGGACGAAACUUGGAACCUUCUCAAUAUAGUUCUCUAUCUAACUCUCUGAUACCGUCACGAUUAUGCAUUACUGAUAAUUGCCAGCAUUUUAAUAUCUUGACUCAAAGAUUGCGAAAAGAAGGCACUGGUAGAGUCAUGCUGGAAAACAGUGAAUUAGCUGUUGAGAAACAAAACGAGAAUCUGUCGACGCCUUGUAACGUAAAUGUGUUACAACAAAACAACGUCAACCUCACUACCGGUCGUGCUCAGACCAUCGAGAUCGUACAAGGCUAUUCCGUGAGAUUUUCAUCUGGCACUUUGACGCAUCCCUUCAACAUGCACAGCGUUUACAGGCAUACGAGUGCUCAUGGUGAAAAGGAAGCGACAACGCAUCAAGAUGAAUGGAUCACGGUCGACUACAUAUUUUACAGCAAUAUCCAACCUAUAGAGAAGUACGCCCUACCUACAGUGAGCCAAUGCACCGCUUUACCAAAUAUACCAAAUUUCGUAGUAGGUAGCGAUCAUUUGUGCAUAGGCGCUACUUUUCAGUUACCAAGAAAGAAAUCUGUGCUUUAAAAGAUACUUUUUAUAUAUCAUUUUUUUCUUAUUCUAAAACAAAAAAUUCAAAUCUU